UACACGGCAUUGAGAAAUGGGCAAAACUUCAACAACAGUUGCAUUGUCUCUUUACAGUUAAAGUAUCUGUUAAGUUAGUUAAAAAUCGUUAUGGUGGUUAGUAGUUUUUACAACGGCUAUCAUGAGCUCUUUCUUCAACCAGUUAGUAUAAAUAAACAUCUCACUUUGAAAAGAACUGAAUCAAUCAAUCAGGAAAAUCCACACAAUUUUCUCUCAUUUGUUUUCACUUUCUUCCCUUCUCUGCCUUCUUCACUCUGCUUCUUUCUUUGCUCUACUCUGUUUGAGCUCUCAAACUCAGAUACCCAAUACAGAACUCUUACAAAGAUGGAAGCUUUAUUGCGCUUCACACGUCCACCGGCCAUUGCUAUCUUACGCCCACCAUUGACAUGCUCCUCCAAGAAGAGAGUCAGCGGGUUGAGAGCGAAACUCGAUGAUAGCACUGACCCAUUACUCCAAGCCGCCAUUAAUUCUGCUUCUCUUCGUUAUCAGGAGACCCAUCGACCUGACCCGCUUUUUCUAGACACAUAUGCGGGUUGUUUUGUUCCUCCUCCUGUUCAGACGGAUAUCAAGCAACACUCAGACCAUUAUUGUCUUGCAACGAGAUUUAUUGAUGAUGCGUUGCUUCGUACAGUGAACCAUAUUGAUGGAUUUAAGCAGGUUGUUUUGUUUACAGAUGGCAUGGACACUCGGCCUUAUAGGCUUGGUUGGCCGGCUUCAACCUUGAUAUUUGAUAUAUCGCCUGAAAGGGUAUUCAAAAGAGCAGCACAGAAGCUUCAAGAUAUUGGGGCAAGAAUUCCAAGAAACUGCUUGUUCUUUCAUGUUCCAAUGGAGUCGCUUGAUAUACAGCAAACCCUAUGUGCGAAAGGUUUUACUGGUGAUCGGCCAAGUAUAUGGGUCAUCCAGGGGUUUCCUGUGAUGACUUUGGCCAAUUUUGAGGAUAUUUUAGUUCUUGCAAGUAAUUUGGCCAUGAGUGGAUGUUAUUUCUUGGGAGAAAUGCCAGCUUGGUUGACACAAACUGAAUUUGGACCCAAGUCAACUAUAAGGCAAUGGAUGAACAAACUAUUCAUGAGCAAUGGGUUCAAGGUGGACAUGAUUAGCUUUGAGGAUGUUGCAGGGGAUUUACACAAGCAAUUAGCAUUACGACAUUACAAUAAGAUAUUGUUUGCUGCAGAACAAUUACGACUUUCUGAUGAUCAGUUCAUGCAAGUACACACUUCAAACUUGGCACCACUAUAUAUGGCAAUGUCAAUUUGUAGCUAAAAAUUGUAGUAAAACUGGUAAUAUCCAGCAUCACUCCUAUUUCCAGUGAUUUUUUUUUUUUUUUUUUUGAACAUUUUGAUUUUUACUGAAUAUCUUCUCACAUUAUUCCUGAAAUUUUAACUGAAUUUUAUUGUUUCCCCUGAUUGUUUGAAGUUUUCAUGAUCCCAUUCUUAUUUCUGUGAAUAAAAAUUUUCCUAAUCUGACGGACUGCAGCUUUGUUUUCUUUAAGCACUGUUCCUGCAGCCCAUAUGUGUAUAUGACUGAAUUAGAUCUUCUAAUUCCUAGGUAAACUGGCCUGCCUAAACUGGGUUGUCUCAAACAUGACAGCUCUAUUUGGGGAUUAGCAAUGUGGAAAUGAGAGCUACAUCAAAAUUUUGCCCCGGUUUCCUCUUUGGACAUGAGACAGUGACAGAUCUAAUGAUUUUUUUAUAACUCUACCGAAUAAAGAGAAUAUAGCUACAUUAAUAUGAGAAAGAAAAUUUCAUUUUCUACUUCAUAAUUUCUUUUGUGCCUAAAAUGGUAUGCUGUGAAGUGUUGCAAGGAUAUGGGGCUUCUCAAGAACACCAAGUUUGUUUGCAAUAUGAAUUUGAUUUGCCAACUGACAUUUAUAUGCAUAGGCUACUUAUGAAAAAUAUAAUGGGUUGAGUUAUCUAAUGAAUUUACAUUUUUCUUUUCAGAUGAGAACUUUUUGGAGAGAAUUUCAGAGGUUGGAGGAACAAGGGGAUGAAGAUGGGUUCGAAGAGCUCUA